AGAUUCAGCUCCAUUCAAUAUAGAGAAAAGAUUAUCAAACUGGAAGAAGGACCUAAAUUCAUGGAAAGUUUUUUUAAUGAGGUAACUAUUAUACAGGAAACAUUGGAUCAUCUGUGUUCUCAAAUAGAGGAGAUGAAAAAGUUUUCUGCUGCCAUUGCCUCGCCUUUAAAUGAAAGUGGUGAUGAAGAUUUGGAGGCUCUUAUGUCAUCGAUUAAAAAAUCAGCGACCAAAAUUAAAAAUAAGCUUAAGGAUAUAGAAAAUUCAAUGAUUUCCAUGGAGGGUGUCGAUAAAUCAUCUGCACUUUAUCGGAUUAGAUUUACCCAACAUUCAGCUUUAUCCAAACGCUUUGCUGAUAUCAUGCAUCAAUACAAUAACGCACAGAUUGAAUAUAGAGAAAAGUGUAAACAAGUUAUCAAGGCGCAAUUAGAAGUUACCGGAAACAGUACCACCGAUGAAGGAUUGGAAGAAUUGUUGGAAAGUAAAGAUCCAGAAAUUUUCACCCAACGUAUUUUAGCCGAUUCGAAAGCAGCCAAGCAAACAUUGGCUGACAUAACCGCUCGUCAUGCAGAUAUAAUCAAACUGGAGAAAAGCAUCAAAGAGCUUCAUGAUCUUUUCCUGGACAUGGCGGUGCUGGUUGAUUCUCAGGGAGAUAUGGUCGACCGGAUUGAACACCAAGUCGUUGAAACCAAAAAUUAUGUAGCCAAAGCCAAUGAAGAAACAGCUAAAGCAGUGAUCUACCACAAAAAGGCUCGUCGUAAAAAGACUGUCAUCUACUUAUGUUUAAUUAUUAUCCUCAUAGUAAUUAUAACCACAAUUACAUUAUCUCUACUAAAUUAAAUGAACACUAAUUCGGAGUUCACAUGUAAAUACAA